CUUGGGAUGCCAUUGGAUUCCAGCAUCUCUGGCUGUUGGCCAUGCUGGCUGGGGCUGAUAGGAAUUGGAACCCAACAACAUCCAAAAAGCCAGAAGUCCCCCUCGUCAGCUCUAGAGCAUGUUGCCUGAGGACCUGUUAGCAACACAGCUGCCUCAGUUUGUGACAAGCCAGCUCGCCACAGACUGCAAGCGGCCAUUUGAGCAACUUCAAGAAGACCCAGCUCGGAAGGUGUAACAGGUAACUGGCCUAAGAUUGCUCCACAAAAUGUCAUUUGAGGAUGCCAGCUUGAAGAUAGCUCCAAGCAGCAAGUGGGGGACCUGCCAGCAGCUGUCAGGAAACAGGAGCUCAGGAAGGUUUCUACAUUUCCUCUUUUCUCCACCUUAUGUAUCUAUUAUGCCGUGAAAACUAACAUAUAUGUCUUAGAUAUAUCUUAAGCUGCUUCUUUCUUCCAGCCUUGGACUCUUUUUCUUACCACCACCCCCUUUCUGACACUGAGGAAAACACACAAUGGAUCGUGAAUAUUUAAUUGUUCCUCUCAUUUUACAGGUUUUAGUUUAAAGGUAACCAUAGCACACGCCUGCAUCCAUUAUUAAUUGCUGAACAGCUCUGUCGCUUCUUCGGACUCCACUUUCCUUUCGAUGUUCGCUUCAUAUGAGCGGUGGCGCCAUCAGUGGAAAACAACUUUGAUAUUGUUUUAAGUGUGAGAAUCUGGCAAAUGCGAUGACAACCUAGACCAGUAGGAUGUAAGCGGCUGAUUUCGGCGGAUGGGACAAUGUUUAAGAGCGACAGCAAGGGCGAGGGCGAGAGGCAGCCGAGGAAAGUCCGAUUCCGGGUCGCUUCUUCUCACAGCGGGAGAGUGCUCAAGGAGGUGUACGCCGACGGGGAGACCUCUGACUCAUUGGAUUCCGAGUGCACCAGCAGCUCGGAAACAGACCCAAACAGCAGGCUGAGUGAAUCGGACGGACCGCACAACGGAAACCUUGGGUUGGAGUGGGAUGAGAACGAGAAGGUGGGCGAUGACAUGCUCAUUUUCGUGAGAGCUGCCAAAGAGAGAGGAUUUGGCACCAAAAGAGUCAACAUCCUCAGCAAAAAUGGCACCGUUCGAGGAGUCAAGCACAAAGUCAGUGCUGGUCAAGCCCUCUUUGACAAUUUAACAAAGGUAUUUGAGGUAUCAUCAGUUCUGGAAUAUGGCCGCAUAGUAAUUUACACAACCAGCCUUCGGGUGGUUAGAACAACUUUUGAGCGGUGUGAGCUGGUUCGGAAGAUCUUCCAAAACCAUCGAGUGAAAUUUGAAGAGAAAAACAUUGCACUGAAUGGUGACUAUGGGAAAGAACUGGACGAGAGGUGCCGGAAAGUAGGUGAAAUCCCAUCGCUACCAGUUGUGUUUAUUGAAGGCCAGUAUCUCGGGGGUGCUGAGAAAAUUUUGUCAAUGAAUGAAUCAGGGGAACUGCAAGAUCUCUUAACCAAAAUUGAGAGAGUUCAACACCCUCAUGAAUGCCUCUCAUGUGGGGGCUUUGGUUUUAUUCCGUGCUCAGCGUGCCAUGGGAGCAAGAUGUCAGUGUUUCGGAACUGUUUUACGGACUCAUUCAAAGCCCUCAAGUGCACCGCUUGCAACGAGAACGGAUUGCAACGCUGCAAGAGUUGCCUCAGCUAAGGAUGGCGCCUUGAUACAAAAAACAACCUCAUUUUAUUAUGUCAACGCAGCAGUUUGUUAUACUAUUUUAUAUUAAGGAAAACCACCAUGUUUGUCUAAUUCAGUCAAUAAACGUCCAUUUGUAAAAAAUAAAAUAAAAUAAAAAGUU